CCACCACUAGCCAACACGGUCACUUCAGUGAAAAUUUUUAGAUUUUGCGUGCGGUUCCUUCUCUUGCUCAAUUAAGUUCGUUAGGUUGGUGCGGUGUUCAGCCCCGAAACGCAAUCAACACAAUAUUCCGUUAUUAAAGCCUAGUGACACGGCCUCUGCUAAUAACUUCCCCGCAUUUUACCUAGAAAAUGGCAACAGCAGCAAACAGCGCGACAUCUGCCGGAGCAGCAAAAGACGCCCCGCCAACGCCUGUGAAGUCGUUGUCCGGCGUAGUGAAACAAGUGCUUUCCGGCGAUACUGUAGUUAUCCGCGCGACCAAGGGUGCUCCCCCUCCGGAGAAACAAAUAACCUUCUCCCAUGUCUUGGCACCGAAACUAGCUCGUCGCCCCGGCGCCGGCGGGGACGAGACCAAGGACGAGCCCUGGGCUUGGGAGUCGCGGGAGUUCCUGCGCAAGAAGUUGAUUGGUGUCGAGGUGACCUUUACGUUUGACAAACCUGCUAACUCGAACCGGGAGUACGGCUUUGUCUGGAUCGGCAAAGACAAGGAGACUGGCGAGAAUGUAGUGGAGUCCAUUGUGCGCGAGGGCUUGGUGUCGGUUCGCCGCGAGGGACGCCCCACGCCCGAGCAGCAGACCCUCAUCGAACUGGAAGACCAGGCACGUGCCGCGGGCCGCGGCAAGUGGGCAACAAACGCGAGUCCCGCCGAUAAGGUACGCAACAUUAAGUGGUCCCACGAAAAUCCUGCCCACCUUGUCGAUAUCUACGAAGGAAAGCCAGUCAAGGCCAUAAUCGAACAUGUGCGCGAUGGUUCCACCGUUCGUGCGUUCUUGUUACCGGACUUCCACUACAUAACGCUGAUGAUUUCGGGCAUUCGGUGUCCAGGGGUCAAGUUGGAUGCUGAUGGCAAACCCGAUUUAAGUGUAAAGGUGCCGUUUGCCGAUGAGGCACGCUACUAUGUGGAGACCCGCCUUUUGCAAAGAGAUGUAGAAAUCCGCCUGGAAUCCGUGAACAACUCGAACUUUAUCGGAACGAUUCUUUAUCCAAAGGGUAACAUUGCAGAAUCGCUUCUCCGCGAGGGACUUGCGAAAUGUGUGGACUGGUCGAUGGCUGUUAUGAAGACUGGAGCCGACAAACUGCGUGCUACGGAAAGAAUUGCCAAGGAAAAACGUCUUCGACAAUGGCAAGACUAUCAAGCCAAAACACCUGCAUUCAACUCGAAAGAGAAGGACUUUUCUGGAACUGUAGUGGAAGUAUUUAACGGAGAUGCUAUAAAUGUACGUCUCUCCAACGGCUUAGUUAAGAAGGUGUUCUUUUCUUCGAUAAGGCCACCGCGAGACCAAAGGGCGGUGGUUGGCACCGACGGUGAGGAAAUCGUUAAGGCUCCACCACGCGGAAAGAACUACCGGCCACUUUACGAAAUUCCCCACAUGUUUGACGCCCGCGAGUUUCUGCGCAAGAAGUUGAUUAACAAGAAAGUACAGUGCAACCUUGACUACAUUUCGCCUCCCCGCGAAAACUUUCCUGAAAAAUACUGCUAUACCGUCUCGAUUGGCGGGCAAAACGUCGCUGAGGCCAUGGUGGCAAAGGGCUUGGCUACAUGUGUUCGCUAUCGCCAGGACGACGAUCAGAGAUCUUCCGCCUAUGACCAACUGAUUGCUGCCGAGCAGCAAGCCAUUAAGGGAUUAAAGGGACUGCACGCAAAGAAGGAUAACGCUACACUGAGAGUAAACGAUCUUACUGUUGACCAUUCCCGAAUUAAAGUCCAAUACUUGCCGUCAUGGCAGCGUGCUCUUCGAACUGAGGCCAUCGUGGAGUUUGUCGCCAGCGGGUCGCGCUUGCGACUGUUUGUGCCAAAGGACAGUUGCCUGGUCACAUUCCUGCUUGCCGGUAUUUCAUGCCCGCGCUCUUCUCGCCCAGCGCUAAACGGCGUUCCUGCUCAAGAGGGAGAACCGUUUGGCGACGAGGCUCUGACCUUUACCCGAGAGCGUGUUUUGCAACGGGACGUUUCUGUUCAUAUUGACACCACCGACAAGGCUGGAUCUUCUGUAAUUGGUUGGCUCUGGACAGACAGUGGUGUCAAUUUGUCAGUUGCCCUUGUCGAAGAGGGGCUUGCGGAGGUGCACUUUAGUGCUGAAAAAUCUGAGUACUACCGCCAAUUGAAGAGUGCCGAAGACCGUGCCAAGGCUGCCAAGAAGAAUAUCUGGGCCAAUUAUGUAGAACAAGUGCCUGAGGAAAAAACUUUUGUUGAUGACGAAAAGGAAGACAAGUUGGCUGCCGAGCGCAAAGUGAACUUCGAGAACGUAAUUGUUACUGAGGUUACCGAAACUCUAACAUUCUUCGCGCAGUCCGUUGAGAACGGAUCCAAGUUGGAGUCCCUUAUGAGCAAGCUUCAUGCCGACUUUCAAUCCAAUCCCCCAAUCGCUGGAUCAUACACUCCCAAACGUGGCGAUUUGGUCGCCGCGCAGUUUACUCUUGAUAAUCAAUGGUACCGCGCCAAGGUGGAACGGGUACAAGGAAGUAACGCUACCGUUCUGUACAUCGAUUAUGGAAAUAAGGAGACCCUACCUACAAGUCGUUUGGCAGCUUUGCCCUCAGCCUUCAGCAGCGAAAAACCUUAUGCCACUGAAUACGCGCUGGCCUUGGUCGCCCUGCCUACUGACAACGAAGACAAGGAAGAAGCCUUACGUGCCUUUUCCGAAGAUGUUUUGAACCACAAGGUUCAACUCAAUGUAGAGCUGAAGGUGCAUGGGUCGCCAAACUUGGCCACGCUGCAUGAUCCAACUACUAAAGCCGAUUUUGGAAAACAACUUGUCGCCGAGGGUCUUGUGCUUGCCGAAAAGCGACGCGAGCGUAAGCUCAAGGACCUUGUGGACCAGUACAAGGCGGCGCAGGAGACAGCUCGCGCUGCACAUCUGGCCAUCUGGAAGUACGGCGAUAUAACACAGGAUGAUGCGCCCGAAUUCCGCUAAAAGAUGGCUGUAAACGUGGAGUAGGCCUGUGGCGUGGAGCGCGUUGCUAGCCGAAAUGUUUGUCUGCCACAUACCCGCCCUUUAUAUACAUAACAACAAGCAACAACUUAAAGAAUAUGAAAUUACUAAUUCUAUCUAUACACACACCAAUAUAUAUGAUACAUAUACCACAUUGGAAAUACAUACAUACAUACGGAAAAACAGUA